GCACGAGUUGGUCUCCACCUGCGACGUCAUACAAGACCAACUAACAGUUAAACAACAUGGCGGCCACUGGAAAGAAGUCGGUUUUGUUCGUCUGCUUAGGAAAUAUUUGCAGAUCCCCAAUUGCUGAAGGAGUCUUCAGGAAGAUGGCAACAGAUGGUGGUGUUGUUGAUAAGUGGGUCAUAGACAGUGGUGCCACAUCUGACUGGAAUAUAGGCAGCUCACCGGAUGCCCGUGGUCUGGCCUGCCUCAGGAAACAUGGCAUUGAGACAAGCCAUAGGGCCCAACAGGUGACCAAUGACGAUUUCAUGAGCUUCGAGUACAUUCUCUGCAUGGAUGAGAGCAAUUUGAGUGAGUUGAACAGAAGAGCAAAGCUCGUAAAAAACAUCUCAGCAAAGAUUGAGCUUCUGGGUUCAUAUGACCCAGAUAAGCAGCGCAUCAUUGAAGACCCAUACAAUGGGAAUGCCAAAGACUUUGAAACGGUGUACGAGCAGUGUACACGCUGCUGCAAAGCAUUCCUGGAAAAUAACUCCUAACAACAUGCAGCCUUAGAUGAUCUUUUCUGAAUCUGUUGAAUAAUAAAAAAUUAACCAAAUCGGUUUGGACUGUCUCACAUGUCCUUGAAUGACCAGGAAACCCAUUUGUUUUUCGGUAUUGUAGAUGUUAUACAAACCACACAUUAUGUAUAUUUGGAACGAUGCUGCGUGAAAUGUACAUGUAUGUCAUAAUAAAAUGGAAAAGAAAAGA